CUACUUUCCCUGAAUGUUUCAUACCAGGCCGCGCACAACGGCCUCUUCCUCAUUAAAACAAAAAACAAACUAAUUCUCUCUCCUCUUUUUUUUUUCUUUUCCUUUUUCUUUCUAGAGCAAAAUUUCGAUUUUUUGAGGUUGAAGAAUAACUCCAUUUUCAAUCUCUCGGAUAUCUUCAGUUGCAGGGAAAAUGGGUGCAGGUGGGCGAUCUAUGCCUCCAUCCACAAGGAAGGAGAAACCCGAUGCACUGAAGAGAGUACCUUAUGAAAAACCACCAUUUACACUUGGCCAGCUCAAAAAAGCAAUACCACCUCAUUGCUUCCAACGCUCUGUGCUACGCUCUUUCUCCUAUGUUGUUUAUGAUUUCAUCAUUGCCUUCCUUCUCUACUUCGUUGCUACUAAUUACAUCAAUCUUCUCCCAAAGCCCUUCAACUACUUGGCCUGGCCCGUCUAUGGGUUUGUCCAAGGCUGUGUUCUUACAGGUGUCUGGGUCAUAGCCCACGAAUGUGGUCACCAUGCCUUCAGUGAUUACCAAUGGCUAGACGACACUGUUGGCCUAAUUCUCCACUCCUUCCUCCUUGUACCAUAUUUCUCUUGGAAAUACAGUCACCGUCGCCAUCACUCCAACACCGGAUCUAUUGAAAAAGAUGAAGUCUUUGUACCAAAAACAAAGAAAGACCUUGCAUGGUUUUCCAAAUACAUGAACAACCCACUUGGCCGCCUCCUCACCCUUUCUGUGACACUAACCUUGGGCUGGCCUUUGUAUCUUCUCUUCAAUGUCUCUGGCAGGAGAUACGAGCGAUUUGCCUGCCAUUUUGACCCGUCCUCUCCAAUAUACUCAGACCGUGAGAGGCUUCAGAUCUACAUUUCUGAUGUUGGGAUUUUGACGAUGACUUAUGGGCUUUACCGCCUUGCAGUUGCCAAAGGGCUUGCCUGGGUGUUAUGUGUAUACGGUGGUCCAUUGCUCGUUGUUAACGGAUUUCUUGUGCUGAUUACCUUCCUUCAGCACACACACCCUUCACUACCCCACUACGAUUCAACUGAAUGGGAUUGGUUAAGAGGUGCAUUGGCUACCGUGGACCGAGAUUACGGUAUUUUAAACAAGGUGUUCCACAACAUUACCGAUACUCAUGUGGCUCAUCAUCUGAUCUCUACCAUGCCCCAUUACCAUGCUAUGGAGGCAACCAAGGCUAUUAAGCCAAUCUUGGGCAAAUAUUACCAGUUCGACGGGACCCCUGUGUUCAAGGCAAUGUUUCGGGAAGUCAAAGAAUGUAUGUAUGUGGAGGCAGAUGAAGAUGCCCAGAACAAAGGUGUGCUCUGGUAUAGAAACAAGUUCUAAGUUAAGAUUGUUAGAUUGGUGUAAGCUGGGAAAAUCCUAGUUUCUUCUUAGGGAUUAGCCUUUCUUUCUUUUGAAAGUCCCCUUCCCUGCUAAAAUUUUAGUGUUUGAUUGUAUUUCUGUCAUAUUUUGUAGUCUGUAUUUGGAGACGCAAGAUUCUUGAUCUACGAUUUCCUUAAUAUCUGUGAUGAGUAGAUAAAGAAUUUCACAAGGCAA